UUUGGUUACAAACUCUCCUCUUUCCUCUGCCAUUUAAAACGUACUUCUAUUCUUCCAUAACAACGAUAACAAUUAAAUUAAAUUUAAUUAAAUCCACAUGGUAAAAAGGGGCAAGGACCGUACAGAUUCAGGUUGGUAGUUGGCCAGACCAUUGGGAUCUUCAGUCAUAAAAAUAAAAUCAUUCAAAAUGGAUUUUCCUCUAAGGUGGAGAAUAAGAGGCAUAAACUAACCAUGUAAUCAGCUUCAAAUGCUAACACAUCUCAAUAGGAAAUUAAAAAAAGAAAAAAAGAAAAAAAAAGAAAUACCGUCCCUUUUAUGGUUUUCCACGCGUUGCAUCUUAGAGGGCAAAGAAUGUUGAUCCACUUUCUAGGUUACCAAACCAUUUUUUUUUGCUCAAGACAUGGGGAAAAAAAAGGAAGCCAGUGCCCAACCACCUAUCUAUCUUCCUAACACUAUACACCUUUCAGUAUUAUUCUACACCUUUUCUCUUCUUAGGUUGAAAAAUGUCAAAUAUCCCACAUUUAAAACUUGGAAAGGGCCAUCCAUUUCCUUUUUCACUUUUAACUCAAUAUUGAAAUUAAAACCACCUAGCUGGUCCACCAUGACUAAGAGGAACAUCUUCACCCUUUUGCUAAGGCUCCUAGCCUUUGGUUUAGCUCUGGCAGCAACUAUUGUCAUGGUUACAAGCCAUGACUCUGCCAACGUCUUGAACUUAACAUUCAAAGCCAAAUACAGCAACACACCCGCUUUCAUGUACUUUGUGAUUGUGGAAGCCAUUGCGUGCGGAUACAGCCUUGUAGCACUGUUUCUUUCUUGUAAGAGUUUGCUUUGGCGUUUGGUUGUUAUCCUAGAUGUUGUAACAGUGCUCCUCGGUUCGAGCAUUUCAGCUGCGUUGGCCAUAGGUCAAGUAGGAAAGAAAGGGAAUAGCCAUGCUGGUUGGCUGCCUAUCUGUGGACAAGUACCCAAGUUUUGCGACCAUGUCACCGGAGCUCUCGUUGCCGGUUUUGUUGCAGCAAUAUUGUAUUUGGUUCUCCUUCUUCAUACUAUUUAUACUGCUCUCAACCCUCUCUUUGUUGAGAAACCAUAGACAGCUUUUCUCUUACUGGCAUACAAUUAGUUUUGUCAUUUUUUUUUUUUUUUCUACUUUCUUUUGUCUUUUUUUUCUAGUCUCUAUUUACUUGGUGAAAAUUAAGCUGGUUAAUGUAAUAUGUUUGUGUCUAAAUUUGAAUUAUGUUUUUACAUAAUUUACAAUAUCUCAGUUUUGAAAGGCAGCCCCAUGUCUUUGACUAAUCAUAAACGCCAUUUGAAAAAUUAUAAUCCAGAAAGACAUCCAAGUUUAUUGCGGAUCAAAGUCUCUUCUUAUGAAUGAGUCGUUCAAUUUUAUCAGUCUUAUAAUUCGUCAACUUAAUUCCACUUAAAAACUGAUCCAAUAAGAUAAUAUCAAACUUAUAGUCAGUCAAUAGAAAGAAAAUUGCCCUUACAGUUGCUAGCGCAAUGUCAAUCUUUACUUUAAUAUGAUGUCCAAAGUUUAACUUAAUAUGAUGUCCUAAGUUCGUGCCUAACAUCCUCAACCUUCCAAUCUAAAAUAUGUCCAUAAGAAAAUUUCCAAAAGCUGAAGCUUAACGCUCACUCUUGUUGUUAAGUUACCACAAACGCCA